AUGGAAUUUCUCCAGCGUACCGAAUUGAAGAUCAAGAAUAGUGAUUUAACAGUGAUAUUCAAGAGCGUUCAUAGGAUAUCAGGGCUAUCAGAGGGCCUAUUCAAGGCUUUAGGUUGGUUAAUAAGGAUGCUGAGGACUGGAUUUCAGUUAAGACAAUUUGAACGAAGUAUUUCUUGUAAGUUAUGUGGGAUCGCUUUACAAAUUAAGUCUCCAAAAUUAAGUGGAUACUAUUUGAAACCCAAACCUAAGCAGAAAGCGAAGGCAUCAACUUUGGAGGAUGUGAAGUACCUGUUAUUCGGUCAAGACAUGCAUAGAAUCAAGGAGAAGAGUUCUUUGCCCUCAAGAUCAGAUGUUAUAAGUAAAUUCGAUGACCGUCCCACUUGUAAGAGAUGCUUUGAUGCUCAAAAUCAGAAUGAAUAUUCCCUUGAAGAAUUCCAAAGUCAGACGUUCAAAGAUAUCAGUAAAUAUAUCCCCCAGUGUGCUAGCAUAUACCAUGUUGUUCCAAUGGUUGAUUUUCCUUUAAAUGUAGACAAGAUUUUAUUAGAGAACAAGGAGAAUACGAAUUAUUUGUUACUAUCAAAGGGUGACCAAAUAAUGGCGCAAAGCUCUACACUAGCACAGCCAACCCAGGAGUUUUUUCAUGAGUACUUUAAGAAGCACCUGGGGAUUAAUUUGAAGAAGGUGGUAGCAUUUUCAAGUCCAAAAAAUUGGAAUAUAGCGAUUGUGAAUAGUGCGUUAUCGAAAGAGUCGUACUUUGUUGGUCAUCCAAAUGCUGGGAAAUCAUCUCUGAUCAAUGCUCUAAUAAAAAAUAACCCUUGCAUGGGUUAUAGAAUGGAAGAGGAUAAACCAACUGCUGAGUUAAAUACAGAAUCAUUGGGACCUGAUAAAAUGAGCAGAAGGAAGCACUAUCUGCUGAAUAAAGCCGGUGUUAGUUAUCUUCCAAAUUUUACGAGGAGCAUACAAUCGUAUAGCUUUGGGAAUAAGGUCGUCCAUGACCUGCCAGGAUAUAUGGACGAUAUUGAUAGUGCUGCAUAUGAUAGAAUUAUUGCAAAGAACUUUUUACAAAGGAUAAGAAAGACUGCAGGUUUUGAUACGUCCAAGUUGAAGAAGCAGUCCUAUGUUUCUAUAACGGGAAGUGAAGAAGGGAGAUGUUUAACGAUUAGUGGGUUAAUAUACCUCGUACCGCCUCCAGGCACAGUCAACCAAGUGAUAUCUUACAUUCCAGGCCGUAUAGCUAAAUAUCAUAAUUUUGAAAAGGGAUUAGAAGUUAUAAAGAAUGUCAAUGUAAAUGAAUCGCACCCGCAGGCACAGUUUGUGGAAGUCACUAAAGUUCUUACCGAAAAAGCCGAAUUUGUUAGGCAUAUCAUUCCACCAUUCAGAGGAAGUAUUGAAAUUGUGUUCAAAGAUAUCGGAUACUUGCAACUUAGAUCAACGGGUAAAUACGAGUUCAAAGGUCUUUAUGAAAUAUGGGUUCCAAAAGCCAUUAAAGUUUGUGUGAGGGAACCUCUAAAGAAGUUGAUAGAACAAUCUCAUCACGAGUACAAGGAGUCAAAGGGUAAGACCCCAUUGAUAUCUAGAAAUAGAGUAAUCUUCUCAUCUACUUAUCCUAUGUCUCCCACUGAGGAUGCAACGCUAGACAAGAUUAGAGAUAUGUUCUUAGAGCGUACCAAAAAAGAUACUAUGGCUAGAAAGCAAUUAAAUAGCGAUCCAAUCGCUACUCUUUCGAAGAAAGAACUCGCAACACGCAAUUUGUACUGGUAUUACGUUUGGUAA